AUUGAACCAGCGGCACAGACUUCAAGAGAUACGGGAUGCCGUAUCUUCGUCGGUGGGCACUCGUCCUAGCUCCGAUCGCAGGCAAAACGACUCAGCGACGAGCGCGCUGUGUCCAUCUGAAGGAGGCGUGAGGCUCCCUUAAGACAUCGCGCCGCUGCUGCCCUUGUGGGUCGUUCCCAAGCAUCUGCCCCACCUUUUCAACUGUGAGCGAAGAGCUUACUGCGAGCCUACUGCGACAAGCGGUAUCUCAUGUUGUUCAGUCGCUUCGCCGCUAAUGGGCAUUGCCUCGGGGGCUCACGGAGUCUUGGCGCUACUAUGUCACAUGCUGUUUGUAUUGGUCUGUUCAUCACCCUGACACUUCACAAGCGAGAUGGUCGCACAUGCGAUCUGUUCGCCGUGUGCGUUGUUCGCGGGCCUUGUCCUUUCGUUGAGCUGUCAAGGGGCAGUCAUCUGAAACAACCGUGGCUUCUCCCGUGCCGCAUGCGCGCAGGCGGCGCAGUAGAGCGCUUAGAGGACAUCAUUGAUGCUGACUUGCUGUCAGCGCCGUCUACCUUGGUGAGAGAAUACUCCCAUGCUUAUUCUGAGAAUGUCAGACGUGGUAGCCGUGCAGACAAAGCUGCCGCAUUCCAUGCCUCAAGGAAACCGUAUGCAACUCUUCCAUGUAUUGACUAGAGACGGCUCGCUCCCACCACCAAACAGCACCGCCGAAUCGCAGAAGCCUGCUAGAAGGCGAUUACUAGGAGUGGCAGUGCAUCCUAAUCUCAUGCUACGGCUCCUCCCCGAAGGCAACGAUCUGACAGCACAUUGUAGGAACUCUUCCAGCUUCUG